UCUUGGUAGUCAUCCUAUACUUUUAUCCAAUAGUCUCAGUAGUAAUACUAUGCCUUCAUCUAAUAGUCUUAGUAGUUAUCCUAUAUCUUUACCUAUAAAUUCUGUAUCUACACAAAAUAAUUAUAGUA